UAUAAUAUAAAAAUGCUUCUAUAGAUUAAAAAAUGUAAUACUUUAUCUAUCAUAUCUCAAUUUAUGUUCGGGCAAAUUAACUACUUUUUAAAUUCCGUGACGCUUACAUAAGCCGUAAACGAUUCAAAUUGAUGUUAAUCAAUUUAGAAGUAACGGGGAAAAAAUCGUAAAAAAGUAACACAACGGGAAGAAACACUCUGCUGGAGUCAAACAACAUCUUUAUCUCCCGCGCAGAAUUAAUAUCUGUGGUAAUUCGAAGACAUAGACAGCCAUGAACCCUGAAUAAACAUCUGUUACGAUUAGUCCAAUCAUCAUCCGGGGUUAGAAAAGUAGAUGUAAAACAGAGGAAGUGGACAUACGCACAGAAAAGUUGAUGGUUCCUCCUUCAAUGUGCUCUAAACGUUAAUCAUUGUGUAAGCAACAUGUUUGACAUUUUCGAUUCUUUAAGGGCCUUACUCAAGGUAGAUCGCGUUUCCAUUGAUAACGACGUGUUCCGUCUUCAUUAUAAAUUCACAGUUUUGAUAUUAAUCGCAUUUAGUAUAGUGGUUACCAGUAGACAAUACUUAGGUGAUCCCAUAGACUGCAUUCAAAACGAUGAUGUACCGGAGAGGGUAUUGGAAACGUACUGUUGGAUACACACGACUUUCACUCUUCCUGAAGCAUUUCAUAAAAAGGUAGGCGUGGAUGUACCUCAUCCAGGUAUAGACAAAUACAAGCCAGGAGAGAAGCGCAUGUAUCAUCAGUAUUAUCAAUGGGUAUGCUUCGUUUUGUUCUUACAAGCCAUCUUGUUUUACGUACCAAGAUAUAUGUGGAAAAGUUACGAAGGUAACCGUAUCAAAAAUUUAAUAUUGGAAUUAAAUCGACCGGUACCCGAUCCUAAUUUAAAUACUAAUAAACACUUGUUAGCAUUGUAUUUAUACAUGAAUCUACACUAUCACGAUCUGUACGUUAGUUUUUAUUUAAUAUGCGAAUUUUUGAAUUUGGGAAACGUGGUGGGUCAGAUGUUCCUCAUCAAUUUAUUCUUAGGAGGUGAAUUUACCAAAUACGGUAUCGACGUAAUUAAAUUUAGCCAAAUGGAACAGGAAAAUAGGACAGAUCCCAUGGUUAUAGUGUUCCCCAGGAUGACCAAGUGUACCUUUCACAGAUUCGGAUCUUCCGGUGACAUACAGAGAUACGAUGCACUUUGCAUACUUCCUUUGAAUAUAAUUAACGAGAAGAUAUAUAUAUUUCUUUGGUUUUGGUUUCUUUUGUUGGCCGGUUUGAGUUUAUUAAUAAUACUCUAUCGUUUAAUCAUCAUCGUAUGGCCUUAUCUGAGAUACUUAGUGUUGAAGUCACGCUGUCGUCUUACAUCCGAUCAAGAUCUAAGAACCGUUAUGAGGAAAGCCGGACUGGGAGAUUGGUUUAUAAUUUAUACACUGUGUAAGAACAUAGAGCCCAUACAUUUUAGGGAUGUUAUGUCUGAGUUGGCCAUUUUGUUAUCAGAAGAGAAGAAUCCGAAGAAAAGAAGGCGUCUGAACAGCGAUUCUAUUGCAACUUAGUGGUUUAUUAUUAUAAAAUUCAAAUUUUUCCACCUCCUACGCUAAAAGAACAAGCAUUAUAAAGUAACAAGGAACAAGAAGGGAGCUUAAUGGUUAGUUCUGUGUUAAUGGGAACAAGUAACAAGGACUUUUUUAAAGCAGGAUCUCUUGUUUUAAUUCCUUUACAAUAUAUCUGUAUAGUCUAAAGCGCUACAUACUUAUUCAUAAUUUUAAUGAAGUAGUUGUACAAAAACAAAAAAGAAAAGUACAUUUCUUAAAAUAGUAUUAGAUAUAAUUAAAUAUAGAAUAUAUAUUUUUGUAUUUAUUUUACAAGUAGAUAACAUUUAAGAAAGCAAUUUACAGUUUUCUUGUUUAGGAAACUGUAAAUUACUUUUUGCGCUUUUGUUCACUGUAAAUAGUGUUUUAAAUUUUAUAAAUUAAUUUAUUUACUCUUUACAACGAUCAGCAGUAAUAUUAAAUAAAAGUGCCUUUGUCUAAUUUUUGCUUAAUUACGAGUAUAUAUAUUUUUAUAUAGACUGUAUACAGUAUAUACACUUGUACUCUUAAACGGUAAAGGGAAGUGUCUCGUUUGUCGUAUCUGUCAUAAAGGAUGUAUUAGUUAAGUAUACAUUGAUUUAUAUUAUAAAACAUAAUGUUUGUUGUAAUAUAUAUAUAUAUUUCGUAUGUAAUUUGUUUUCUUAAAGGGUUUUAAAUCUUAAUUUAAGAAGCGUUAUUUUUGUAUGACCCUAAUCGAUAACAAUAAAUGUAUUUUAAAAUAUGAAUAUUCUCUUUAUUCAGCGUAUGUAGAUUAUUCUAUUAUCGUUAUCGUAAAUUAUUUUCGCUCCAAUACUUUAAAAUUAACGAAUUUCUAUUGUAGAAUAGGCCCUUUUCAAGGUGAAGCUAGCGGAGCAACUAUCCUGUGAAAAGGCCCUGAUCCUCGAUGGUGCGUUAGAGCCUCAUGGGAUUCAGACGAAUUUGAAUUAGGGGGCCCCAUGUAUAGU